UUUUUUGCAUGAACCCAAGACGUAAGCAAUUAUCCAUCGUUGUGGCCAAGCAUGUUAGGAUCCGAAGCCCGCGCAUCCUAAGGAUGGGGAUCCCCUUUCAGCGGCGCAGGACAUGAACGCCGAAUUCUACGCAUCCUGUCCACAAUUAUUCAAAAAACAAGAGGGAAACAAGGGGAAGAAGAAGGCGUCCUUCCAACGGCGACGGCGACGGCUACGGCGACCCAGCUUUUUUGCCUCGAUCCGAAAGACCUGAACCGCCAUGAACGACCCCUCCUCCUUUUAUGACAACACCGACACCGCCAGCGAAGGACAAGUUAAUACCAUCCCAAUCCCGGUGGAGAUCGUGAGCGAAGAGGAGAUGGCCUUCAUCGAAGCUGCCCUCGCCUCCACCCGCCCCCUUCUCUCCUCUACUCCCUCGUUCUCCUCCUCCUCUUUGUCUUCCUCUCCCGCUCGUCUUGCCCUCGUCUCCGCGCUGCCUUCCGUCCUCUCCCCUCUCCGGAAACCCACCGGCUCCCUCCACUCCUCCGCCUGCUCCCGCCCCCUGCCGGCGCCCCCCGACAUUGAGGAUUCCGCGGGAUCGGCCCCUCCCAAGUCGCUCCUCCACCAGUUCCGCUCCAGGAGGGGCCUCACCGUCACCGAUAUCACCGCUACGGAAUGGUGUGAAAAGCAAAUGGAAUUUGUCCUACUACACGGGAAGCCGAAAAGAACUGAAGCUAUGAAAGCAGGCUCUGACCGCCAUACCCAACUUGAAAAAGAGGUAGUAGAAAAGGUUGAAGUUCCAAUCAAGUCUGUUGAAGACUCAUGGGCAUUAAAGUUCAUGAAUUUUAUUGUUGGAGCAAACCAGUUAAUGUUUGAAGGUUUAACACGUGAGCUUCCAGUUAUAGGAGUUGUUGAAGGUGUAUGGAUGAUUGGAGUGAUUGAUGAAAUCCGAACACCCAUAAAUGAAGCUACUCUGCACCCCAUUUUGGUAGACACGAAAACACGCUAUAAAGCUACACGUCCUUCAGAAGCACAAAAGAGAAAUGCAAGGCUUCAGUUGAUGUGCUACAAGUAUCUAUGGGACAAUUUGGUUGCUGACACAUUUCCCACUGAUCACUUCUUCAACCAUUUUAACUUAAAUCCCCUAUACAUAUUAUCUGGGGAUGUUAAAGAGUACAUUGUUUCAUUAGGCUUUAGUGCAAAGACACUUGAAGAUGUGUUUACAUAUUUUCGAGACACCUGUUGUUUACUCUCUCCAUCUCAGGGGCAGCUCCUCUUGAGGCGGCAAAUUUCGCCUCUUGCUUCCCUCCCUUCAUCCAGAUAUGAAUUGCAGUCAGAUCAUUCAUUGCUUGAGGAAUAUCAUUUUUCCUAUGAUGCUGUGUGGUUUAAGAUUCAGAUCCAAGAGUGCCUCAAGUUCUGGUUGGGAGAGCGAGAUGCUAAUUAUGUCUCGCAGGCUGAGAGAUGGAAAUGUCAGUUCUGUGCAUUCACUGCCAAGUGUCCUCUGAUGGCUGCCUCUAAUAAAAGAGCAGAAUAAUAAGCAAAGCUGGCUCCCUUGCUUCGGGACUCUCUUUGUACGGAAUUUACAUAUGUAACUGUGUAUACUUCUGUUCUGGUUCUCUACUAUUGAAAGGAAGCAAGCUUGAAGCACGACUGUAGCUAAAUCUGUAGAACUGCUAUCAACCAGCAGCUGUUUGGAAGGAGAGAGUUCAAGCCCAUCUAGUUGCAAGUUGGUGCCAAGUGACAUUCUUGGCAAGAGACUAAAUAACAAAGAUUGGUCCCGGCUGACCUAUAAGAAAGUCGUGCUGCAUUCAUUUCCAAUCCAAGGAUAAUUAUUGUAUCAUGGUACCAUCGCUUUCAGUAUUCUCUGAUUAAAAGGUGGAUUUGCUGGUUGCUUAAGCAAUGGGCUUUGUGAAAUUUUGAUGAGUCAAAAGUACAAUCAACGUUGAGGCCACCUUUAACAGACGUUGGAUUUUUUUUGCUAUUAUUUUUAUUGAAUGUUAUUCUUUUCAAGAAAAGAAAGUGUGCUGUAAAAUUCUUGACCAUCUUUUUUGGGAAAUAAAAUUCUUGACUAUCUUAUA